AUGAGUACAGUAUUUAAGAGACAAACUGAUGCUGAGAGAAAUAGCAAUGCGUCAUUAUAUUUUGGAAACAUUGAUCCACAAGCGGAUGAGAUUUUGAUGUAUGAAUUGUUUAUUCAAUUUGGACCUAUAAAAUCAUUGAACAUGCCAAAGGAUAGAAUUCUUAAGACCCAUCAAGGAUAUGGAUUUGUCGAGUUUAGAAACAUUGAUGAUGCUAAAUAUACAUUGGAUAUACUACGAGGAGUUCGAUUAUUUGGAAAAGCAUUAAAAUUGAAAAAGAUAGAUUCAAGAUCCUCGACCACUUCAACAUCCAACAAUGCAUUAAAUCAAACAAUUGGUACAUUUGUAUCAUCUGAUCUUAUUAAUCCAAAUUAUAUCGAUGUCGGAGCAAAACUAUUCAUAAAUAAUCUAAAUCCAUUAAUAGAUGAGAAAUUCCUAGCAGAUACUUUCAGUAAAUUCGGUACCCUUAUAAGAACUCCGGCAAUCAGGCGAGAUUCAGAAGGUCAAUCAAUGGGAAAUGCAUUUUUAACAUAUGAUGAUUUCGAGAGCAGUGAUUUAUGUAUUCAAAAAAUGAAUAAUGCUAUUUUGAUGAAUAAUAAAAUAUCGGUGACAUAUGCGUUCAAAGAACAAAGUGUCGAUGGGAAAAGAGCAAGACAUGGUGACGAAGUCGAAAGAAGAUUGGCUCAAAGUGCAAAGAAGAACAACGUAUUGGUUAGUAGAAAAUCCAAGAACAAUGGUAAAAAAGGAGGUAAACCACACAAAAUCACGAAGAAAUAA